AUGGAAGUCAUUGAUCAACCCGUGAGUGCAAUUUUAGCUAAACAGUUUUUCAUUUUUGCACUUUUAUUUACCUUUUCAAUCAGUUUUCUUGGGUCAAUAUGUAAUUUAUAUCUUUUCUACAAGUUUGUCACAAGAGCAUCAAAGCCAAGUGGAUUUCAAAAACUGUGUACCAUGAAAACCUUCACAAACUGCACAAUUUGCAUGAGUUUUCUGUUUUGGGUUGUGCCGAUUACGGGUUUAUCUCUAACAUUCAAUCAAUUAAAUAAAUUUUUCAAUCAAUUAAUUGGUGUUAUGGCAGCUACAUGGGCAUAUUUUACAAAUUCACUUCUUACUAUUUGCCUGUCUUCUAAUAGAUUUUAUUGUUUGUAUUUCCCGUUUGGCAUAAAGUUUCUAAUUGGAAUUCCAAUUACAACAUGUGCUAUUUCUGCAGUUCUUUUUAUCACUUUGGCCAUCAGUGUGCUCUCACUAAUUGCUGGAUGUAGCUGCAUUUUUGACCCAAACAUAUUUAUUUGGACCGGCAAAGGAACACUUUGUGAAGAAUAUGCAUCAAUAUAUGUUCCCGCUUUUAUUUUUGUAACAACAGCAAUCACUAAUUCAAUUAAUAUUAUGACGGCUGUGAGACUGUUCAUGGAAAAAUUGACAAGCCUGGGUGUGGUAGAAUCGAAGAGACGAAGAAAGCGAUGGAUAAUUAUGUUUUCGCAAAACGUUGUCCAGGAUUGUCUCCAACUUAUCGAUAUCAUCAAUUCAUAUUAUUUGUGCAAACUAAACGAGGACUUAUGGUUUCAAAUAGUUACAGUCACGUUUUCUUUCCUGACAAUUACAGCACUCGAUGGAUUUGUUAUGUUCGUAUUUCAAGAAGAUAUCCAUCCAAAGUUUCUGAAACAAGUAUUGAGAAAGUAUAUUGGAUGUAAAAACAGUGUUGGUGUUUUUCAAAGUGUUGGAAAUACUUCUUUUGUAAAUUCUCCUGUAUGA